AGGGAGGCUGUCUAAGCAAUCUGGGUUACUGAGAUCAGCACUAGAGCAGAGGUUGUGGGAAUCUGGGCGGAAUAUCUGAGAAAUAUUUGGAUAGAUCUUUCUCCGGCCCGAUGGGGGGGGGUCUUCCGUGGGCAGCAGUGAGGACCUUUACCCAGGUUUGGGCUUGAAGGGCAAGGCGCACGGACUCCCCCACCCCCGCCCCGCCUCAAAUCUUGGAUUCACGGAGGCAUCGGGAAGGAAAGUGAUUGAUCUAAAAGGUGCCUUCCGCGGACACCUCAACCCUCGAAGGCGAGGAGGGGAUUGGUACUGUCUCCACCCGAGCCCGCCCCCAGGGAAGGAAAGCGCUGAGUCAUCCCGGCGGGGCGAGUUGGGUCGGGGCGGUGCUGGGGCCAGAUCCCCCUUCCGUCUCCCCCGCCCGCACCCCCGGCCCGCCCUGACUCUCGCGAGAGCCUCACGGGCUAUAAAGGCAGCGCCCCGCGCGUGCUUCGCGUGUCUGCUUCCUGGCUGCGCUCGGUGGCUUCUGCUUGAGGACUGCUGAUAGCAAUAUGUCUUCAGGAAAUGCCAAAAUUGGGCACCGUGCCCCCCACUUCAAAGCAACUGCUGUUAUGCCAGAUGGUCAGUUCAAAGAUAUCAGCCUAUCUGACUACAAAGGAAAAUACGUGGUGUUCUUCUUUUACCCACUUGACUUCACCUUUGUGUGCCCCACGGAGAUCAUUGCUUUCAGUGAGAGGGCAGAAGAAUUUAAGAAACUCAACUGCCAAGUGAUUGGUGCUUCUGUGGAUUCUCACUUCUGUCAUCUGGCCUGGAUCAACACCCCCAAGAAGCAAGGAGGACUGGGACCCAUGAACAUUCCCUUGAUAUCAGACCCCAAGCGCACCAUUGCGCAGGACUACGGGGUCUUGAAGGCCGACGAAGGCAUCUCAUUCAGGGGCCUUUUUAUCAUUGACGAUAAAGGUAUUCUUCGACAGAUCACCAUAAAUGACCUUCCUGUUGGCCGCUCCGUGGAUGAGACUCUGAGACUAGUUCAGGCCUUCCAGUUCACUGAUAAACAUGGGGAAGUGUGCCCGGCUGGUUGGAAGCCUGGCAGUGAUACCAUCAAGCCUGAUGUCCAGAAGAGCAAAGAAUAUUUCUCUAAACAGAAGUGAGCGCUGGGCCAUCUCAGGGCCAGGCGGCAGUGGGUGUCCAUGAGAACAACGUCUUUUGUACUAUUGUCAUGCUUAAAACACAAGACCUUAUACUCAGCUCAGGUGUGUGGGACAGGACAGGCCUUUCUUGCAGGGGUUAGGGAGGCCAGACUUUUCUUCCUCGGGAGGAAAUGGCCUGCGCUUUAAUUACGUGGCAGGCCAACUGGUGUGUCAGUAGCAGGGUUUCACUUUUGACCUUUUGUAGUUCCUAUUAAACCUGAACUGAGA